AUGAAUGCCGCCGGGAGGAUCGCGGCGCCGGACGAAAGCCAGCAGGAAGGCCAGCAGGACUUCUCCUGGGCGUCGCACAUAAGACACAACCUUUUUAACCCGUCUUUUAUGAACGCGUCCCUCGCGCCGCUAGAGAAUGCGCACAAGUUGUUUCAUGCCUGGUCCCUCUACAUCUACGAUCCCUCGCCUCGCGAGAACGACGAGGAGAACGAGGAUGAAGACGAAGACGAAGACGAGGAUGACGAUGAGGAGGAAGAAAGUACAGAUAGCGGGAUAGACGACGACGGGGACGACGAAGACGAUCAGAGCGGAGCUUGUCAAUUCGUUAGUUCCGAAUUAACCGAUUGCCGUUUUUUUGUUUGA